UUCAUUCGUCUGCAGCGGUGAGAUCUCUGCGUGUUAUCCACCGUAAAAUGUAUUUAAAUGUUACUGACAAUGUCUUGUUUAUCUACCAUCAGGACACGUUAAACCUACGUAAAACAUAUCUUGCCAUCUGCUUCAGCAAACAGUCAAAUCAGGCGCCGCGGCUAUCCUGUACUCACACGACAGGAGUCCAAUAAUCCCCCUCCAGUUCCAACCGGUGUAUCUUCUAUUUCACUCUCACAUAGCUUGGCUCUUCAUCUGGGGUCACCAUGCCUGCCAAGUACUCCCACGUGAAGAAGAGGACGACGACGAAUCCCAAGAAAAAGACUGGUAGUACGAUCCAGCCCGGGAAAGACAGCAAUCGCCACAAAAAGCUCCCCAAUCAUAUUGACAAGACGAUCACCAAUGCCAUGUCGGCAGUUUCGCAACUGGAGCGUGCCAUCGCGAAGAUCUUCCUGAUCCGCUUCGAGCAAGAUAUCGCGCGCCUGUUUUCAACACACGUAUUCUGUGUCGCUCUUAUUCACUUACCAACGUUUAUGAUGCGCUGUAUUACCGUUUGCGGGCCCAGCUGGGUCGCAUAUAAUGCAGAUUGCGAGGAGAUCAAGGACUUUUUCCGUUCCGUCGUCAGCAUGGACCUGCGACAGGCUGGAGAGAGAGUCUCGACGAAGAGCGUCUUGUGGUCUUACACAGCUUUGAGAGAAUUCGCACUUUCUAAUAAUGUUCCUGUAUGCCGGAAGCGCGGCUUACAUUCACUUCGUUUACUUCCUCACUAUGACUCGCUGAAGGUGCACUUGGACUCCCUGGACUCAAUGCCGCACGCGUCAUUUACUAAACCUCCUCACCUCGGUGCUCUCACGGAGGGCUUGGGGGCCCUCGAAGAAGCAUGCGAGUUAAAAUACGGGGAAAAGUCUCCGUUAAGGUCCACCCCUCCUCCCGGAUGGGACCAUCAGUGGCACAUAAAAGUACGUAUGGGGUAUGAGAGGCUUGCUCAAACUCUCUGGCGUGUGGCCCGAGAAUUUGAUGUCAGCGGAUAUGGCUGUGUACUUCGGGAGAAGCUUACAACAAAGUGGUGCGAUUGUGGAUGCUCUACGGAUCACCUUGGUGAGGUCUGUGAAAAGACGGUACGGGAAGACGAGGAAGGAAGCGGUGUAAGGUCUGGCAAGCAAAGAGAAUGGGAUGGGCGAGGGAGCGGAGUUCUUGGCUGGGAGACUGAAGAAGAAGAGGACAUAUGGGAUAUCGAUCUUGAUUUUGGCGGGAGCGACUCUGAAGAAGGGGAGGGCUUUGGGUCCGAAAUGACCAUUGCUCAAAUGAUGGAAAUUAGGUUCAUCAAAGCAGAAAGAGAGAAAGAAUUUGGUAACACCGCGUUCCGGCGAGGCGACUAUCAGCGCGCUGUAAAACACUACAAGGCAGCACAUUCAAUUGAGCCAGAAUUGCCUCACUACCAACUCAACCUUGCAGCGGCCCAUCUAAAACUGAGCAAUUGGCUUGAAGCUGAAGAAGCUUGCACGAAAGCCUUGGGACAGCAUCGAAGCAUAAAAGGCUAUUAUAGACGCUCGAAAGCGCGUCGAAUGUUGGGUAAGCUAGAUGACGCUGUGCUGGAUUUACGUGCAGCACUCAAGAUACAGCCUUCAAACAAUGAAGCACUGGAUGAAUUGCUGUCUAUCCUUCCGCCCGAUGAUUCAUCACGUUUAGCUCCUUCGUCUUCAUCCCUUGCGACGUCAUCCUCCAGUAGUUCACCAGCCCCCCGAAAUGCUAGUUCGCUAUAUGACCACCUGCAUUUGCCCAAACCGAAGCAGCUAAAACAAUUGCCGUUUGCUCGGUCCAGUAAUGAUGAUAAGAAGAUCAAGGUUUCCUCGAUCCCAGUGUCCUAUGAAGUUCCUAUGAUGCCAUCCGGGAAGACUGCGACCGAGCUAAAGCCGAAAGAUCUGAAAACGAGGACGGAGUCGUUCAUCUUUCCAAGUUGGGAGAAGUAUACGGUUAGGUUGGCUACUGGUUGAACGUGCGCGAGGUUAUUUGUUCGAGACUGUAUGUUUUGUAUGCAGGCUUAUUUUUGUUGCCACUUUAUGAGGAUCAUGUUGGUUUGGUGAAUAUUCUACCUCUUGUCCUGCGUUCGAUGCACGUGGAGAUUGAACCGAGCUGUACUCUGCAAUGUAUUACACAGCCACAAGUGUCAUACAUCCCUGUACUUAUGCAUUUUCACUGGAACAUUCAGCAUAAAUUUGUAACUCGUAAUUGCCU